UUGUCACUUCAGUAGAGCCCAAAUUUGACAUGCCGACGGUAAACGUGACAGCUCAGGAAAAGACAACUGCAGAGCUGCCUUGUUCCGUCAGUUCACUAGGAAAUUAUCAGGUAGUUUGGACUGACCAGUUUUCCACCUUGCUGACAUACGAAGAUAGAAGGAUUAUUGAUGACGAAAGAUUAAGCGUUGAAAGGCCAUACACACGGGACUGGAACCUUCAUAUCCGAGACGUGCGCUACAGCGACCAGGGAAUCUACAACUGUCAGAUUAACACAAAUCCUGUCAAAGUAAAGACGGUGAACUUGAUUGUUUUGGUGCCAGCAAGAAUUCUGGACCAGUUAUCAACCAACGACGUCACUGUCAGGGAAGGAGAAACGGUGACACUAAUCUGCAACGUAACCGGCACGCCGCACCCCACGGUGGAGUGGUACCGGCUGAUGACCGACUCCAAGGGUGUGGAGAAACAGAGUGAGUUGUGCCCCGGCUUCGCUAAGGUUGGUGUCAGCGGCGAGGUCCUGAUCAUCCAUAAUGUCACCCGUGCUUGCGGAGACGCCUACGAGUGUGUGGCAUUCAAUGGUGUUCCGCCGGCCGUCAGUCGAGUCAUCGAAGUGUUUGUUGAGUUCGCCCCAGAAAUCUACUUACCCAACAAGAGAAUCGGACAAGAGAAAGGCAAGGAGACCAUUUUGGAGUGUAGUGUGACCGCUUUCCCACACGCAAUCACAAUGUGGCAGAAAGAUGGCACGAAGAUCUUAACGUCCACUCUUAAAUACAGAGUGGAAAUCUACGACGAGCAGAAGAACAGUCUGACCCUCAGUCUGCGCAUCUUUGACAUCCACGAGUCGGAUUUCGGCACGUACACCUGUGUGGCCUCCAAUCCUCUUGGAGAGGACAAGGAAACAAUGAUUCUCUACGACUACCUUGAACACACGAGGACCACGUUGGCCACAACCAGUUCCACAAGCACCACUGAGGAUUUGUAUCUGCAGCCCACUCCUGGUAGAAUAUUUGAACCGUUUAUCCCCACGGGGAUCCAGCGACAACAUACAGCAAACAGCGAUCAUUUUAUGGGUCUUGACCUAGAUCCUAAGUCCGGCAGUCAGGCGACACAUCUUCCCUAUGAUUCUGAUG